AUUUACUGUGCCCACUUUAGGUUUACGUUUGCCAUUCCUCCAGUGGAGGCUCCUCCCAUCUCCAUGCACUGCUGCCACCCUCCUCCGUCUCUGAGCCACAAGCAGGCCGUCUUCUCCACCUUGUUGUCAGCUCAGGUCGCUCCACUCACGGGCAGCCUCCAUCGUAUCCAGUGUUACAUGAGGACCCAGUUCCCAGACCUGAGACUCAUACAGUAUGACUGUGGUAAGCUGCAGACUCUCCACACUUUGCUGCGUAAGCUGAAGACAGGAGGCCACAGAGUGCUGAUCUUCACUCAGAUGACGCGUAUGUUGGACGUGUUGGAGCAGUUCCUCAACUACCACGGACACAUCUACCUCCGUCUGGAUGGCAGCACACGUGUGGAGCAGAGACAGGCCCUCAUGGAGCGCUUCAACGCAGAUCGACGUAUUUUCUGCUUCAUUUUGUCAACUCGCAGCGGAGGUGUAGGCGUGAACCUGACGGGAGCCGACACAGUGGUGUUCUACGACAGCGACUGGAACCCCACCAUGGACGCCCAGGCGCAGGACCGCUGCCACAGAAUCGGCCAGACCAGAGACGUCCACAUCUACAGGUGACGGCUUUUAACUGUUU